CCCCUCUCUCUUUCUGUCUCUCUUACCAAAUCCACACCAUCAUCAAAUCCAACCAAACAGAAGAAGGAGAAAGAGACUAUAAAACUCAGAGAUCAAAGCUCUCUUCUUCUUCUCUUAAAAUCCCACACCUAAGAAUCCCACAUCUAAGAAUCCCACAAUGCUCCAACCUUCCUCUUCCUCUGUUCUCAUCUCCAGAACUCUCUUCUUCAUCUAAAAGGAUCCUCCUUUUUCUCUUCUUCUUCCAUUGUUGUUUUACUUUCUUUCUCAAUUUGAUUGCUAUGGAAGUCGGUAAAUCUCGAUUGUACAUGUGUAAUUGCUUGUCUGCUUCUAGAUUCUCUGAUUACUCUGUAGCUGGAAGUGACUAUCCAGACGCCAUCAAUUUCAUUUCUAAUAUUCCCAAACCUUCUUCAUAUUCUUCUUAUAUCUCUCUUCGAUGCUUAUAAUAAUAAUCAUCUUCAAUCUCAAUUUCGAAUCUUUAUACGAAUUUAUUCCUAAACAAUAAAGAGAAAAGAGAAUGUUGUGUGCGUCAUCUUUGUUUGGUCAUGCAUCAUCAGCUGCUGCUAUGACUAUGCCUUCUUCACCACUUUCCAGAUUUGUUGGUCAUUCUAUUACUCUCAGGUAUGAUCAUGAUCAACGUCGUCCUUUUUGUUCUUCUGGGAUUCAAAAGAAGAUGGUUCCAUCGAGGAGCCUAAUUACAACUGCCUCAGCUUCUGCUUUUCCUCUUAAUAAAGACUCAACAAGACCCAAAACUUACAAAGAGGUUUACUUUGCCAAAGAAACCAUAAUGAAUCAGACCAUAAGAGUCAUUAAACCCUUUCGCAAGAUCUUUUCUAGAGAGAUCUCUACACAAUCGAAAGACUCUGAUAUUUCGAUUGCAAAGGUUCUCUUGUACAUCGCUGCUGAAGAUGAAGCCUUCUUGGCUUUUAACCGAGAGAUGGAUGCUAUGUCUUUCGUCAGAGAGAAGGAAAAUAUCAAAGAUCAAUCUGACUCUGAGGAGCUGGACACUGUCCCAAAUCAAUCUUAUCCGAGUAAGACAGACUCUGAGGAGCAACUAUUGCAAUUAGAUGGGAAAAGUAUAUCCGAAUGGCUGAGUGAACUAGAUGCAAUCUCCAAAGAAGUAGAGGCAGAACUAGUCUCACGAGACAUCGGCUGCCACUCGGUUCAAAUUCUUGAAGCAGUUAAUACAGUUCUCUUCGAUACGAGAGGCUUCGAGAGGACAUCAAAAUCCUUGACUUUAGACCCAAAGUACUCCUACCUUCACUCUGUACUUAACUCUAGAUGCGGCACUGCAUUCUUGUUUAGCGUAAUAUACAUUGAAGUUUGUCAGCGUCUCGGUUUGCCUAUUGUGGGAGCUCGAGUAGGGGAAGAGUUUUUGAUUUGGCCUAAGACUGAGAAUCCUGAAGAACUCUUUAAAGAGACUUCAGGACAGAGCUUGUUUGCUAUUAUCAAUGGAAGGUGCGUUGAUGAUCCUGGUUCAAUGGCUUCAGAUUUAACCGGAAAGUCACUUCUAGACCUUGAUGUUGCUACAAACAGAGACAUUAUAGGGAUUGCUCUCGCCAAUUUGAUUAGGGUUCACUGGAGACGUGCUUCGAAGCCAUCACCUGGACUAAUGCUGACUUCUCCUCUUAGUCAACUUAACAACAGCAGUGUUUCUAAUUUUCCAUUGUUGCGUCCUCAAGAUCUUAGGUUGGCUAUUGCGGCUGCUGAAAGGCUGUUGAUUUUGGAACCUCUUAACUGGCGACUUCGAAGAGACCUUGGUAUGAUGCACUACUACGUCAGGCAAAGUAGAGAGGCGAUUCAAGAGCUGAGCAUAUGUAUAGCCUUUGCAUUUGACGAAGAAGAAGCAAAAGUGUUGACGCUUUUUGUUGAGAAACUUCAUCUACUCUCUUCAUUGAAGUCUCCCUUUGGCUCUGAUCGCUUGGCCGUUCGUUGAAAACUCUGUCUCUCUCUCUCUAUACUCCACUUGUAAAUACUCGUUCUCUCUUCUUUCUUUCUCUGUUGUGUUUGGAAAACCCAUAUUGUGGGAGACAUGUAACUUUCUUUACUUUCUUCUGAUCAGAGUAAUAAUUGAUUUCCCCCAUGGGAGAAAACAUGGCCUUGAGCUUAUUAUGAAACAAACAAGUAAACAUGCGAAUUGUAAUGGAUAUUUUUACAUAACAUGGAUACAUUCAGAGUCACAAGAAAUAAGUAGUGGUUGUAUAGUGGUGAGGACUAACUUAGGAGAUGGCGCAAAAUCGUGUUUUUGGUUCGAUUUUAGAUGAG